UCGUCGAAUAAGUUGGAAAAUUUCAAUGAAAAAUGGAUAAGAAAAUACCCAAGAUAAAGCGAGAUAAGGUGCCCGAAAGAGACAAUGAUGUGUCCAACUCGAGUUCCAUCAGAAUUACAGGACCUACUAUUCCUCAAAGACCAUACAAAUUAGCUCAUCCAAUAUUGAGCUUAACUGGAAUCAAUCUUCAAACAAAGAGUGUUAUUGAAUUUGUGGAGUUGACAUUAUUGCCCCAGAAAGAAUUCCGACAAGUCUUUCUGAAUGCAAAACAAUGCAGAAUAUAUAAAAUCACCCUGAACGAUAAUGUGGAAGUACAGUUUCAAUAUUUUGAUCCAACCCAAGAAAUCUGCUCAGAUUCCUCCACAAAAAGUCUUGAUGCUUUCACACCAGCACAUCAGGAAGCGGUAUCUUCCACUGAUCCUGAUGCAAAUUUGGGUGAACUUGUUAUCAGAAUACCUCCAGAAGCACAGCAUCUGAUGACAGAGGGCCGUUCAUUAAGAAUUGGUAUUGAAUUUUCUCUGCAACAAUUAACCUGCAGGUGGGCUUCAUUUUGUUGUGCCUGCUGGAGAAGGGACUUUAGCAGAGGUGUGUAUUCAAAAUUUUGUAUUGCAAAUUCAUGUACCUAAAAUAAUAAUCUAUCAUAGCGAUGCGCCCAUAUGUUUUCUUGUGGCUGGGAAAAUUCAGCACGAUUGUGGUUUCCUAGCAUCGAUUCGUAUUCAGAGGUUUGUACGUGGAAACUCGAGUUCACUGUAGAUGCUUCCAUGACUGCCAUCUCGUGUGGUGACUUGACGGAGGUAGUCUACACCCAUGACCUUCGACGGAAAACAUUUCACUACUUACUUUACAUGCCGACUGCGGCACCUAAUAUCGGACUUGGCGUUUGGACCAUUUGAAAUUUAUGGAUCCGUACAUGCAAGAAUUGACUCAUUUUUGCCUUCCUCCGCUGAUGCCUUUUCUGCGUUCAACAGCUCGUUACGUACACAACUUUUGA